AUGAAUAUCGUACUAGAUGCGGAGGAAGCGAAUGAGUUCGGGAUUUCCCAGUUAGUUCCCAGCACUACUCGGUCGCUCAUCUUCGCUGUAUUGUUAAUAGAACAAGACCAUCAGUAUGGACUCAGACGCGAAGACAUAAUGACUCAGACAUUUUUCAUGCAGCAUAAAUUAAUUAGCAAGAACCCUCAAGCAAUAGUCAAUAAUAAGGAUGUAAUAUCAGAAGAUUGGUUAAGUUUAUUUGACAACGACUUCUGGGGCACUAAUAUAAAAAGUAACCUUAGUCAUAAAUCAUACCGACCUCUGACUAUACUGUCGUUUAGGCUUAAUUACAUUAUAAGUGAAAACGGAAUCACCAUAUUGGGGUUUUGUAUAGUGUAUGAAGUUGUAAGCAAAUUCCAUGUCUUUAAGAAACAAAGUACAGAUUCCAAAAAAACGUAUUUGCUUUGGCAUAUUAAUAGAAGGUCUUGGACCAGGAUAGCAGUUGUAUCAUUGGCUGCUAUUUUUCUAUUAUAUGGCAGGUGGUUAAUAAUGGGUGGAAUAAAGCCAGAGUUUAAGCCUUCCAAUAACCCUGCAGCUUUUUCUACAGAUCUCUUUACCAAGGUAGCAACAUUUCACUAUAUUUAUUUUUUAAACUUUAUACUGCUUGUGUGGCCUCAAUGGCUUUGUUACGACUGGUCCAUGGGGUGUAUCCCUCUAAUAGAAAGUGUACUAGAUUACAGAUUAGUGUCAGUAACUUUACUUUAUUUAUAUGGAUUUUUAUACAUUAGGACAAUUUUAAAGAGUGGAGAAUCCUCAAAAAGGCUCAUGAUCUUGGCAACGUCGUUGCUAAUCAUACCUUACUUACCAGCAGCCAACAUUCUGUUUCCAGUUGGAUUUGUUAUCGCCGAAAGAAUCCUCUAUUUACCUUCAGCUGGAUAUUGCUUACUCAUAGCAAUCAGUAUUAAUAAAUUGUGUUGUACGAAUAAGAAAGUGUACAAGGUUGUGAUUACAGCAUAUGUUUUCUUGAUUUCAAUAUACUCAUUAAAAAGCUACCGGAGAAGUUUCGAUUGGCAAAGUGAAUAUAGUCUGUUCAUCAAUGGACUGUCUGUUUGUCCGUUGAAUGCUAAAGUUCGCUACAAUGUAGCAAAGGUUGCUGAUGCACGACAAAAUACAACUUGGGCACUUUUGGAAUAUAAGGAAGCAAUAACAUUAUACCCUGAAUACUAUCAAGCCAUGAAUAAUCUGGCAAAUUUGCUUAAGAAUCAAAAGCAAUUUGAUGAAGCAGAAUUUUACCUUCGCAAAGCUGUCAGUCUCAAGGAAGAUUUUCCUGCUGCGUGGAUGAACCUUGGUAUUGUCCUCGCAAAUACGAAGCGGUUCCAUGAAUCUGAAAUGGCCUAUCUGAAAGCGCUACGCUACCGACGCAACUACCCGGACUGUCUAUACAACUUGGGUAAUUUGUACUUAGAAAUGAACAAUACGGAUGCUGCUUCAGUAAGUUGGUUUGCUGCAAUAAGUAUAAAUCCGAAGCACGCAUACGCAUGGACAAACUUAAUAGCGAUGUUGGAUAAUACGGGUCAAACAGACAAGGCAUUAGAAAUAAUACCGAAGGCGCUAGAUGAGUUGCCCGAAACGCCUUCCCUAAUAUUUGCUAUUGCAAAUGUUUACGGUAGAAUAAACCAGUUCGAACUAGCAGAGGCGCACUUUAAAAAGGCCAUUGAACUGUUCAAUCACAAAGUUCAGGCCAUCCACUUCGCGAAUAUUGGAGUUUUGUAUCACCGUUGGAAGAAGUAUGACUUAGCCAAACUAAUGUAUAAAAGAGCAUUACAAAUAGAUCCCAUGUUUAAAAGCGCCAAAAAAAACCUAGCGCUUCUUCUUAAU